AUCCCAUAGUCCUGUUAUUUGUUUAUGAAAAUGGAAUCAGCAGAAAAAAAGCGUAUUACUUCAUCAGUAUUGCCGGCAUUGAAAAAGAGAAAGACGUACCAUCAAAAGUUAAAUAAACCUUCCAAGGUUAAUUACAUGCGGGACCUAAUACCCGAACAUAUUUGCAUUCAUAUAUUUAGGUUCCUGUCCAUAGAAGACUUGAUUCGAGUAGCCGGGGUCUGCAAGGGUUUCCGAGAGUUGAUUCAUUCAACUCCCAGAGUUUGGCGGGAUAUGCACCUGAGGCUGUCCUGUAAAGUACAAAAACUUGAUCUGGAACCGGAGGUAGUGUGCAAGUACGCCAUACAAUUCGCGGCACACUGCCAGAAACUGACGAUCAACUAUUACCACUGCCUAAAAAUGGCAGACAGUAUCCGAAACCUAUUGGUAAAUCUACGUCCAAUUUCUCUGACGUCAUUAGUGAUUAUUGGGGCACGACGUAGUAUUUCCGAGGUGCCGGAAGUGUCCUGUAUCAUUGAGGCUUUAACGCGUAUGCUAUCCGGAAGAAAACGCCUACAAAAGUUCGGAAUGACAUUUGCUUUUUGGGAAGUUAGCGACGGCAUCCAAGUCUUAGAACCUGUGUUGUCGAUGUCCAAGGGAACGCUGGAAUCUCUGCGGAUAGAAGGAUUCUUCGAUUGGAGCGGCUUUAACCAGAAACCAGUAGAGUUUAACCGACUGACCACCAGCAUCCUUUUACUCAACAACUUGACAGAACUUGGGUUAGACUACGGUUUUUUGACAGAUGCCUUCGUUAAUGCGCUAGCCAGAUCUAACCCGAGACUAAAGAAUCUGAGACUAUUUGAUGAAGUCUCUCAUGAUAGUACAAGUAUUUUAAAAGAUACCUGGGUUAAUUUGACUGAGAGUUGCCCUGAAAUGAAAGUAGCUUUUCGAAUACACUGCCUCACACGUCGUUCUCCAGUUUCGAUACUGGGCAUGUUGGAUCCGGUCUUGAAGGUGAGAGACCUGCGGAUAUUGUAUAAAGAGGAUGGCGCUUUCUACGAUUGGUCUGACGUUUCAGAUGCUCUAUAUGACAUUAGAUCCUGGUACAGGGAAAGUCUUGUCACCUUGGUGCUAGACGUCGAAAACACUGACAAAAUUGACAAGUCAUUUCUACAGCUUGUUCGUCAGUGCGAACAUUUGGUCUAUGUAAAUGUCUCGGCUAAUUUUCACAAACCAGGGACUGAAAAAACCGUGAUGAAGUUAAUACAGCAGAGAAGGCGCAAGCUCAACAUGAAGAAAACGCCACAAACCUCCAGCAGAUGUUUGAGAAAACAUCCGGCCGAAGGUCCAAGUUCGAAUACUGCUGAUACCAAGGAGCCGAUAAACGUUAUGUAGAAAGAGACGAAGAUGGAGGGAGACAGGAGUCAUGACUUGGCGAGUCCCAGGGUAGACAACCUACUGACUCAUUUACAAAAAAAAAAAGAA